UAUAUGAGGCCAUAAGAUUUAAGAACCAUAGUGGCCUAACUAACUUUUUUACAAUAAUGAGUUUAUGAUUUUUUCCAGCUAAAAUUGAACAUUUUGAUAGAACCAGAGUGGCCUAAAAGUGAUACAACGAAUAUUCACUAGAUGACAGCAUAAUCACUGUUAUGGUUUUUAGUCUGUGAUCUAAAUUUGAGGUGCCAUACUGGCCUAAGUAAAUAGGCCAAUAUGGUAUAAGCCUGCUAAAACUUCACUGUCAUGAUGACAUUAGUUAGGCUACUUUUGGCAAUCUGUUGAUAACAAAUGUCAUUAUUUUCCCGCCCGUGCGUGCUUUAUCUUUCAGUAAAAUUAUUUGUGAAAAGUAGCUAUUUGACUGGAAUAUGGAAAACGAUCAACAAGAAAGCUCAAACAAUGUGGAUAACGAACUUCGAGAAAUCUUUGGGCCUGAAUCAGAAGAAGACCCAUUUCAAGACUCUGGUUCAGACUACCAGCCAUCUGGACGUAAUUCGACAGCAUCUAGUACAGAUCUAAUUGAUAUUUUAGGUGACGAAAACCAAUCUCCAAAUAAUAUAACUUCUGAAAUAACUCCAGUUCAAAGUAAACCUAGAAAAAGAGUGAGACAAACAAGCAAAUGGAAGAAGAAUGUGAGAAAGGAAAAGCGUUCAAGAGGUGAGGAGUAUAUUAAUGUUAAAGGUGUUCUAGUGCCACCAAAACAAAUUGAUACUGCUUGUGAGUGUAAUUGCCAACGAAAGUGUCAUGAAAAGAUUCUGCCUAGUCAGCAAAUUAUUCUGUUCAACAGCUUUUAUGCUUUGGGAAAUUAUAACUUGCAGUCAUCUUUCCUUUUUUCUUUAAUUAAGGUGAUGCCAAAAAAGACAUGUCACACUGCUUCUGCUGUAUCUAGGCGUUCAAAUUCAAGGGUGUAUCAGGUUCCUAAUUGUGAUGGCUUGCAUGUAACUGUAUGCAAAGAAUUUUUUAAAAAGCUAUUUGGUGUCAGUGAUGGCAGAUUGUCUAGAGUUUUAAAAAAUAAAUUAGCAAUUCCCAUACCUCCUACUGAUCAAAGAGGAAAUCAUGUGCCUUCAAAUAAAACUCCAGAGAACAAAAUUCAAAUUGUUAAAAACUUUAUCAAUAAAUUUCCCAAAUACGAGUCACAUUAUACUUUACACAAGAGCACAAACAGAAUGUUUUUAGCACCUGACUUGGGCUUGCCUAAACUGAUUGCUUUAUACAAAGAAGAAACCCCACCUUCUGAACAAGUAUCAAAUUUCAUGUUCAGAAAAGUUUUUAAUGAGCAAUUCAACCUAUCUUUUCAUGCACCAAUUACGGAUUCCUGUAAAAAAUGUGAUAAUUUUAAAAUAAAAAUAGAAGCUGAAGAAUCAUCUGUCAAAAAGGAUGAACUUAAUUCUCAAAGGAAACUACAUCUUUUAAAGGCUGAAUCUGCAAGAAAUAAUUUUAAGAUAGAUAAGAAUAGAGCUGCAGAUGAUUCUGAUUUAACAGUUAUAGUAUUUGAUCUCAUGAAAACUUUACCUACUCCUGUUAUUUCUACAGGAAUUUGCUAUUAUAAAAGACAGCUUUGGACUUACUGCCUGGGAAUUCAUAAUGCUCAUAAUGAUGAAGUAACAAUGUAUGUGUGGAAUGAAACUAUAGCCUCAAGGGGUCCUCAGGAGAUUGGUUCCUGUCUGUUGCGUUACAUCAAAGAGAAAGUCAAGACUAAAAAGUUAAUUAUGUACUCAGACCAAUGCGGUGGUCAAAAUAGAAAUAUUAAAAUGGCUACUCUUUGCCAGUAUAUUGUUGCCCAUCCAGAUUACACAGUAGAUAACAUAGACCAUAAGUUCUAUGUUAGUGGGCACUCAUACUUAGCAUGUGACCAAGAUUUUGGAUUGGUGGAGAAAAAGAAAAAGUUUUACAAAAAUAUUUACUUACCAGAUGACUGGAUUACUGUUAUUAAGGCAGCUAGGGACAGGAACCCAUUCAAUGUUAUAAAAAUGACGAAAGAUGACUUUAUUUCAACAAAAAAACUGGAGAAUAACAUUACCAAUAGGAAGGUAACUGCUGAAAAAUCAAAGGUACAGUGGCUCAGCAUUCAGUGGCUUUUGUUUAACAAAAUGCAUCCAUUUAUUCUUUUUUUUAAAUAUUCUAAUAAUGAAGAUGUUUUAUUUGAAAAUGUUGAUUUCAAGAAAAGGGUCUCUAAACAUUGGACUGGUAUUAAGCUGGAUCCUUUAUACCCUGAUGGGAAACCCAUCAGUACUGAGAAAAAAAAGGACUUAUUAGAUCUUUUGCCUUUUAUACCUCCAGUGCAUCACAGCUUUUAUACCAGUAUCAAAGAUAAUGUGUCAGUUAGAAAUGACAUAGAUGUUGAGAAUGACAUUGAUAGUGACUAGGAAUACUUUUAUUGUUAAGUGCACUUACUGUUAUUGGUGUUUUUGUUUAAGUGUUUAAUAAACAAUUGGCCUAAUAACCAUUUUUUUCUAACUUAUUUAUAAAAACCUAUUGCCAAAGUGGCCUAUCUGUGUAUAAAAUGUUGAAAAAUAGCAAUAAAGCUAUUUUCUAACUACUAAAAUCAUAAAUUGGAACAUUAUUAAGUUAAUUAAAAUAUAAAAGUAAUAAAAAGUAUGUAUUUUGAAGAGUGAUAGUUGAUUAAAAAAAUACUGUUUUUGUUUUCUAUGGUACUCAAAAGGCUUGUCCAUUGAAUUAGGCCACUAUGGUUCUCAUGGCCUCAUAUAAUAGUUAUUUGUUCAACAAGAUAGCAAAAUUCAUUUUUGCUGCGAGUGCCUAGUUUGAACCCCGAGCGGGCGAAGGAUUCUAUAAUAGAAUCACGAGGGUAGCGAGCGAAGUUAGAAUCCUGAGUGUAGCGAGGGGUUCAAAGGUACAAGAAACAAAAGUUUUGCUAUCGUGUGAUACAUACAACUUUUCACCUCGAUAGCGAAAACACAAGUUCUAAGAAAAUAAUUAUUUAUUGAAACACACACACACACAAGAUAUUUUUAUAUUCAUGUAUAUUUCAUUUUUAUAUGAUAAAACCAGUUUCUGAAUAGGUCUGCACACUUUUAACAAGUUUCCAAUCGUUAAAUAAUUCAAAGGCUUUCAAGUAUUUUUCACGUGACUUUUCCGGAACAAAGUUUAAUUCAGCAUUAGACACUGAUUCCUUUAAUAACUGAUGGUUUUAAAUUAUCACUCAUUUUGUUAUUUUUAAAACUUUUAUAACAAUUAUCCACAAAGAAAUUAGAUGAGAUUAGGUAUGUUUUUAUUAAGAUUUAAGACCUCAUAGACAAUUUUUCUUUUGU